AUGGAUUCUUUAAUUAAAGAUCCACUUGUGUAUUUUUCAAAUACACCACAUAUCUUCGAUAUAAUUCUUAGUCACCUGAGUGUCCAAGAUAUGUUACGUCUGUGUUCAAUUAAUUCGUUCUACUAUAAAAGUACAACGGAAUCAUUAACUUUUCUUAAAAGAGUGAAACUCAAAGUUACUAAUAGUUUAUUAGAAGUUAAUUUCGAUAUUAUUGAAAAGAGUGAUAGGAAAUACCGUAACAUAGAGUUAAAUUUAAACCACCGAUUCUAUCAGAAGAUCUUUAUUGUUGUUUCCAAGUAUUGUGAAAUCAGAUGUUUAGAGUUAAAAAAUUGUUUAUUGACAACCGGAGAAUUCAAAAUAAUUCUUGAUACACUCAAGCAUCUAGAAGAACUAAAGCUGGAUGAUCUUAUAUUUGAAGCCAUAAAUUUGAAUGAAAUAGAUGAUCUCGCAGAAUUUAAGAAGCUUAAAUCCUUACAAGUUAAAGCAAUACCCGUGAUUCUCAUUCAUCCAUUGCUGGUCAAAUGUUCCAAGCUCAAAACGCUCUCUGUUAUGCAAUUAUCAAGAAAAGCACCCGUUGAUGAAGCACUAAACCUUUUAUCGAAAGAUACCUCAUUUGUUUUAGAGCAAUUUGAAAUAUCCGACUUUGGAUAUUACAAUUUUGAUCAGAAUAAAUUUGGUCUGCUGAGCUUUCUACAGAAAAGCUUUGACACUCUCAAAAUUCUUGAAUUUGAUGUUUGGAUUGGAUUAACGGCAUUAAAACUAGUUUUUCAAAUGCCGCAUCUUGAAAAAUUACGAUUGUAUGAAUUAUCACAUGCUGAUAAGGAAAUCGAUUGGAAAAAUGUGUCACUACCACGAAACAAUCGAAUCAAAUAUUUAAUACUGCAAGACACUUCAUGUAACAAAAAUAUUUCAACAACUUUGUUCAAAUCUGUACCAAAUGUUUUAGCCAUAGAAACGUAUGCUCUGUGCUACGAGGAUUUACAAGAAAUUUCAAAGAAUUGUUCAGAAUUGACAGAAAUUAACACCUACUUUCUAGACAUUAAUGAAACGCAUAGUACAAUGUUUAGAGAAAAUUUAUUUAAGAACCUUAAGAAGUGCAAUGUUGCUGCCAAUGAAGAUUUAAAGCAGCAAAUUUUGAAAAGAAACGAACACGAAUUAUCACACUUUGAAAAGUUAUUGCUAGUAAAUUAA